AUGAUGGACACAUUUCUCGAACGCGUCCGCCAUGACGCCGUCCAAAUAGGUGACCAUACGGAAGCUGCAUUGGCUGUAAUGCUCUUAUUUAGUGUUGUCACGUUACCACCAUUCGUGGGAAUUCGUAUCAUGUAUUCCAACUGCUGGUUCGUAUUCACAAUCAUUGCUCAUGUACUCGCAUCCAAGGCAGCGCUAGGUAUUGCCACGUCAAUGGGCAUUACCGUCAUGGCAGGCUGGUACGCUCUACGAGUGUUUGACCGCUACGCUUUUACUGCUAUCCUUAAUGGUUGGCUUGGGGUUUGGGCCAGCUCGCCUGUACUGGGCAUCAUCGCUCGUGUCGGUGAUUUUAUAGUGCAUCUACUUGUACCAAUGCUCUUAGUCUCUUGCUACCUCCCACUUGUUCGUGUAUGGAUGAGUAUACCAGCUUUAAUCUCAUCAAGACUAUGGAGUCACUUUGUGGUGGGAGGCGGCGUCUUUCCAAGGGCUGAUCACAUCUACCGCUUCUCACCGCCACGCUCACAACACUUUUGGAAUGCAGCUUACAAGAUGGAGCUCAUGCUGAACCUGCUCGUUCCUCUCUUCUGCGUCCUGGCUCACCAGAGAUCUUUCUGGGUUUAUGUCGUGACGGCAAUUGCAGGGGCCAUUCUCUUUUGCCUCCAAUUGAUCCGAUCGCUGUCUCUACCAAAGCUGCGAAAGAAUGCAAAGACGAUUAUGUGCCGACUAUUAUUUAGUGGCGGCGUCCGACCGAAUGUCGACUUUGUCGUCCGAGACGACUCCUUUUGGCUCGAUUGGAUGAGUGAGGGACUUGUGGCAAUUGGCGAAUCCUACGUGGGUUGUCUCUGGGCGACUAAUUCUGCGCGUACCUUAGACGAGGUGGUUGCUAGUCUGCUUACAAUUCCGAUGGAGGGCAGACAAGAUAUGUAUCGAUCAUGGAGCGCUCGUUUUGUGGCACUAGCAGCCCGAUUGUUUAACUAUCCACCGUCAUCCAUGGGUCUUGUUGUCGGUGCUGUCUCAGAGCAGUUUGAUCUUUGCCCAAAGUUUCGGCAAGUUUAUAUGGAUCGAUACUUCCACCAAGGCUUUGGCAUAUGGACUGCAGGAACAACCACCAUCAACACUGCACAAACCAACAAACUUGCUAAUUUAGGUCAGCUGCUAAAUAUUCAGAUUGGCCACACCGUCUUGGACAUUAGCAUCGGCUCAUGGGGAGGCACAGGCUGCUACCUCGCUCAAGAGUAUCCGGGUGCUAUCAUUGUAUGUGUGUUAUCUUCAGUUCAAGAAUUUGCACGUGCCAAGAAAUUUGCCCGUGAGCUUGAGGUCUUUGAUCAGAUGGAAUUCGUGCUUGCUGAGACACCAGAAAAAUUACUGACAACUUUGAGUAGCUUCCGCGCCUCCAAGUUCGACCGCAUCACGCUAUGUGGUGUCAUGGAAACGGUGCCCGACAAACACCGAACACGGUUUCUACGUACGCUAAAGCACAUUCAGACCGCACACGGUACGACACUGCUAGAAUUUAGUGCGUGUACGGCCGCGCAUAUGACGACGCACGCCUGGACGAACAAGUAUGUGCACAGUGCGUACCCUUGCUACGCUGUCACGUUGCAAUCGGUGCGUCGAAUCGCUCACGAGACUGGCUUUACGCUUUAUGACACGCUUGGCUACUCGGAACACUACGAACGCACAUUUCUCGAGUGGAACCGUCGAUUUCAAGCGCAAUGGGGUCACGACGUGACACCGCGUUCACUUGACCAGACAACUCCACUGCAAAACACACUAUUGCUUCCCGAGUCCUUUAAACGAACGUGGGAGUUUUAUUUGCUGCAUUUGGCUGCUUGUUAUCGUUCUGGUGCUCUUCAAGUGUUCCAGAUCCGCAUGGGUUAA